AUGGUCGACAUCGUCCCUCUCUCCUCAUACCCCUCCUACAUCGACCUUCUCCCCUCCAUCCAAACUUGCAACAUCACAAACCUUCCGGAGAACUACUUUCUGAAAUACUACCUUUACCACGCCCUUACUUGGCCGCAGCUCAGUUUUGUGGCCGUCGUCCGCCCCCGCAAUGGGUACCCCGACGGCAAGAUCGCAGGCAAUUACCCCAAAGUCGUAGGGUAUGUGCUUGCCAAGAUGGAGGAGGAGCCUACGGAUGGUGUGCAGCAUGGGCAUAUCACCAGUUUGAGCGUUAUGAGGACACACCGGCGACUGGGAAUUGCGGAGAGGCUGAUGAGGAUGUCCCAGAGGGCAAUGGCUGAGUCGCACCGCGCGCAAUUCGUUUCUCUGCAUGUGCGUGUCUCCAAUACCGCUGCGCUGCACCUCUACCGCGAUACACUGGGCUUCCAGGUCGAUAGCGUUGAGAGCAAGUAUUAUGCUGAUGGGGAGGAUGCUUACGCGAUGCGCAUGGAUCUUUCAAACAUGUGGCUUGAUUGGGCGGAGAUCGAGCGGAAGGACCGGGAGCGCCAUGCGGCUGACGAGAAGGACGCGGACGAGGGCGAUGAGGUGGGGGAGCUGGGCAAGAAAGAGGACGAGAAGGAGAAGGAGAAGAUGGUGAGGGUCAAGGUUGGACGGAGUCUAGGGGUCGGUGACCUGGUGGAGAAGAACGAAGCGCAGACAGCGUCAGUUUAG